CUCCAACAAACACACACAAACAGAGACACCUGUACACACACACAGACAUGUACAUACACACACACAUACAUACACAGAAACAUGUACACACACGCACAGAGACACAUGUACACACACACACACACACACAUGUAUACACACACAGGCAUGUACAGACACACAUACACACAGAUACAUGUACAUACACAGAAAUACACAUGCACAGACACAUGUACAUACACACAGACACAUGUACAUACAUACACAGACACAUGUACACACACAAAAACAAACAAGGGCGCACUCCCAUCGUGCAUUAACUUAGGUACACACACACAUACAUGUACAAUUGUACAUGCAUACACAGACACACACGUGUACACGUACACCCCCCCCCAUAAAAAGUUGCAGUACUUUGUUGUUCACUCACAGAGCCAGGUACUGCACUCUAGGGGGAGGCAGAGAGCACAGCACACACUCCUUGCUUUGCUUUCACUGCACUCAGCUAUUGAGCAGUCUGACAGCUCCCACUGCCAAUGACAGAUCCAGCCUGAGCUCCGAGCCUGCUCAGCAAGACGGCCCUGGGGGACACACUCGCCCCCACCAUAAUUUCCACUCGCCAUUGGCGAGCAGGCGAGUGGAAAUUUCAAGC